AUGGCUUCAGCAUCUCUCCUCAGGUCAUCGCCAGUCCUCGACAAGUCCGAAUUCGUCAAGGGCCAAACGCUCCUCCGCCAGCCGUCUGCUAUCGUCCGCCCUAAAGCCGCCACCUCAGCUCUCACCAUCCGCGCAUCCUCGUACGCCGAUGAGCUCGUGAAAACAGCGAAAACCGUAGCCUCUCCAGGGCGCGGGAUUCUUGCCAUGGACGAGUCAAAUGCCACUUGUGGCAAACGGCUGGCUUCUAUAGGCUUAGAGAACACUGAGGCCAAUCGCCAGGCUUACCGUACCUUACUCGUCACUGUUCCCGGGCUCGGAAGUUACAUUUCGGGCGCAAUUCUCUUUGAGGAAACUCUUUACCAAUCGACCACCGAUGGCAAAAAAAUGGUUGAUGUUCUUGUCGAGCAGAACAUUGUUCCUGGAAUUAAAGUCGACAAGGGUUUGGUCCCACUUGCUGGGUCGAAUGACGAGUCGUGGUGCCAAGGUCUCGAUGGCCUUGCUUCGCGCUCCGCAGCUUAUUACCAACAGGGUGCUCGUUUCGCCAAAUGGCGUACUGUUGUGAGCAUUCCCAAUGGGCCAUCUGCACUGGCCGUGAAAGAGGCCGCUUGGGGCCUGGCCCGUUAUGCCGCUAUCUCUCAGGACAAUGGUUUGGUCCCAAUUGUGGAGCCGGAGAUUCUUUUGGACGGUGAGCAUGGAAUUGAUAGGACUUUCGAGGUGGCCCAAAAGGUGUGGGCCGAAGUUUUCUUCUACUUGGCAGAGAACAAUGUGUUGUUUGAGGGCAUUCUUCUCAAGCCCAGCAUGGUGACACCUGGCGCCGAGUGCAAGGACAAGGCCACGCCCGAGCAAGUUUCCGAUUAUACCCUCAAGCUCCUUCACAGGAGGAUUCCCCCUGCCGUCCCUGGAAUCAUGGCAAGUUUUCGUAUUUAUACCCAGCAAUUUAAUUUUUGUCUCGGUUUUCAAGCUUUUCUGUGCUUCGAUCUAAACAGAAAAAAAUUGCGGUUGCCAAAUUUGAUCAUAGAAACUAUGUCUAUGUUUUUCGACGGGUAUGGAUAUCAUGGAACAUCAUUCGAGCAAACAUACCGGUGUUACCCUGCUUCUUUUAUUGACAAGGCACAGAUAGAAAAUGGUGACAAAGUUAUCAUGCCUCCUUCAGCUCUGGACCGUCUUGCAUCACUUCAUAUUGACUACCCUAUGUUGUUUGAGCUCCGAAAUACUGCUGUCGAGCGUGUUUCUCAUUGUGGGGUUCUGGAGUUUAUUGCUGAAGAAGGCAUGAUAUAUAUGCCUUAUUGGAUGAUGGAGAAUCUACUCCUACAAGAAGGAGACUUUGUGCGAGUGAAAAAUGUUACUCUCCCAAAGGGCACGUAUGUUAAAUUGCAGCCACACACUAAGGACUUCUUGGAUAUUUCCAAUCCGAAAGCUAUCUUGGAGACAACGCUGAGGAACUUUUCCUGCUUGACCACAGGGGAUAGCAUCAUGGUGGCUUAUAAUAAUAAAAAAUAUUACAUAGACAUAGUUGAGGCGAAGCCAUCCAAUGCAAUAAGUAUUAUUGAAACUGAUUGUGAAGUGGACUUUGCUCCUCCUCUUGAUUAUAAGGAACCGGAAAAACCUGCCCUUCCCGCUUCAACAGGCAAAGCACCAGUUCAAGGUGAAGAACCUCCAGAGGAAGUUGAACCUAAAUUUAAUCCGUUCACUGGUGUCGGUAGACGCUUGGAUGGUAAACCUUUGAAAACACCACUAACUUCAUCUGCCCCUCAAAGCAAAAGUACCAAUUUAUCCAGUGGAGUUGGAUCAGCCACAGCCUCGAGUUCCAGCUCACAAGUCGGCACCAAUCGGCAGUCUCAGGGAAAAUUAGUCUUUGGUUCAAAUGCCAACCGGCCUAAGGAAACACAAAAGGAAACUGCAAAAGAGGCUAAGCCAGAGCCUCCAAAGAGCGAGGAGCCGAAAUUUCAGGCUUUUAGUGGAAAGAAAUACUCAUUGAAGGGUUGAUUUUGUAUAUUUUUGUUUAUGAACUUAUAUGAACUUAUUUAAUCCAUCAAUGGAAAUCUAGUGAAACCGAUUCAACUGGAAUUUUGUUGUUUGAAGGAGGUUGGACAGUCGGCUUUUGAUCCAAAUUUAGAAGAGAUGAUUUAUGAUUAAACUAUUUCUACAUCUUAUCAAUUGGUCGUUUGUAUUGUUCUUUUGUGGUUUCCAGUUCAAGUUGGUGAAUUGUUCGUAUAAAAGGUGGUCUUAAUUAUUAGACA